UAAAAUAAGACUACCUUCACGUGUGUACAAUCCCUUCGCGAAAAUGCCGCUGCGACUCGCGUUUUCGCAUCGCCGGUACUACUGUUUCUGAUUUAGGCGGAAAACAUUGAAAAAUAAUAAAAAAAAAAAAUGUAAACAAAAAAGUAGUAAAUAAAAGGGAGAAAAAUUCCAGUGAACAGCACACACGUAUAACCUCGAAUGGAAAAUGUCGAAAUCGCAGCAGCAGCAGACGCAGCUCGGACAGGCGGACAUAUUUCGCGCUCAAAUAGUCUAUCGGGAAUGGGGCAGGCGUUUCACGGUUCUGCAGCAGUACCUCAAGGGAAUUCAUUACUACGAGAAAUCCAGCGAGUACGGCGAUGAGAAUUUCCUCUGGACGCUUUUGGGACUCAGCGAGGCGCUCAAGAAGUCCGGCAGAUUCGCCGAGGCUGCCGUCGUCGCGGAGAAAUGCAUGAGGAUAGAUAAAGCCGUGACGCAGUUGAUUUUCUCCGAGCGCUUUCGCCUCCAAACACUCUCCCUGACUUCCAAUAAUGAGCGAAGCUAUCAAGACGACACAGACCUUCCGCUAUAUAGUGUGUACUAUAUGUGUGCCACGUCGAGGAGAAAAAAUUGACGAGGAAUAAAUUACUCCUUCGAUGUGUGUGGAUGGCUCUGAUCCGGCGCACUUGGGCGCCAACUGGACGCGCAUGGAGGCGCUGUUCGACGUCGCGGAGUUCUGCGGCAGCCUCGUAUGCGCUCACCAGGGCGCCAGACAUCGGCAGCAUUUUCGAGCCGCCGUCCUCUUAGCGAACGAGAUCAUCGAGGACUGCGUAGGCGAGAACGUGCCCGGAGACACCCUGAGGCAACUUCAACCCUGGAUUCGACGGCUGACCGAACACAGAGAGGGCUUGAUCGUCGAGAGGAGGGACGACCUGGAGGAUGAAUUUCAAGGUAUCGACGAGGAGCAAUCGCGCUUCCGCGUGGACGACCCGCCGGCCAGGUUGCGACGGUACCGCAACCGGAUGGACAGGUUGAUGGCUGGGCUAUACCUGGGCUCGACGGCGCGGGACAAGGAGUUUCUGGAGCGACUGCUCAGCUCACCGGCUGUCGUCUCGGCCAACAAGUCCGGUAGUGCUCGUCUCGUCUCGUUGGCUCGAGAUUGCCUGGUUCGAUUGAACAGCCAACAGGAGGCGCUGAGGACGCGCCGACCUCUGUACGCGGUUAGAGCCAGGGUCGAGGCGGCGCUGAGCGAAGGACACAAGAUGGGAUUGGAGAGGGAGAUCGAGUUCAAGAGGUGUCUCGUGGAAAACGAGGCCAAGCUCGUACUGAGGAGGCUGCACGAGGCCAGGCUGCGCAGGGAUUAUUCAGCUUUCUUCAAAAUGGUGGAGCGAGCAAAGGAGAAGUUCGAGUCCUACAGUCCCCGGUUGUUCCCCGAACAACAGCGUUACCUGAACGCCCUCUACCUCAUGGUAGCUCGGGCCUACAUAGACCCUCGCAAUCUCACUCGAGUUUCCGCCGACGAGGACAAGUGCAAGGCGCUACUGCGUCGACUUCUGGGACUGAAAGGCUCACCGCGUCUACCUCGCGAUCCCGAUCUCGCCUGGCCCCCGAGUCUCAACGUCAAACGAUCCUUCAACACUUACCGACAGAGACUGGCCCUGACGAACCAGCCACUGGAAAUACUGUGGAUCUUCCAUGAGCUCUGCAAGCUCUUUCUGGAGAUCAGGAGAUACGACCUUGCCAGGUUCUACGCCAAGAAGACUCGAGAUCUGAGUCUCGAAUCCAAUCACGAGGACUGGGCCCUCAACGCCAGUCACGUCUUGAUCCGCAUCGAGUUGGCCCAGCACAACCGAAACGAGGCGAAAGAAGCCGCGGUAACGGCUCUCGAGUCAGCUCGCAAGCUCAACGUCUACUUCCUCGAGGACUUUUACGAGCGAGCUAUCGACUACAUCGAUGGCCUGGACUUUGGUCGUCUCAGCGACGACGACAGCAUAGCGGCUCGACGGAAACUCGUGUCUUCGCUCAUGACGGCCGACAUGAAGCCUAGCAUGGACUUACUCCUGAGGACGAUGGAGUCUGUACCGGCCAGGAGGAGGAUGUCCGUAAUGCCGGGCUGCAAACCGAAAAACCAAAAGCUCGGACUACCAACCAAGAGGAUGACCGUCAGAUCUGGCCCGCCGAAAGACUUCGACAAAGAGUCCAGGGAAGCACUGCUGAAGAAGUUCGCGCCGAGCAAGAAAAUCAUCGGUUGGCUGGAUUUCGACGAUUACGAUUGAUCGUAACCUGUACAUUGUACUAUAAUCCAAUGUAAAUAGUCGUUCGUUAUUUAAAAAAGUGUUCCCAGUACAUAAAUAAAAAGAGCAAAACUGUUAUAGACUGUA